AUGACUAAAGGGUACCUAUGCCUGUUAGUUCUUAUUCUGCUAACGUGUACUGGUAGCUGCUUAUCUGCCACUCAAAUUCCAUCACUACCAGACAAAUCAGCACCAAUUAAUGGUAUACAGAGUACGAAUUGGAAUGUGUCAACACUUCUUAGUGGUGGUUUUAAUGCUUUUGGAAACUUCAUAAAUCAACAACAAUUCAAUGAAUCUUUUGUUACAUGUUUAGGAGAUAUCGAAUAUGUUAGUAAAUCUGUGGGGCAGCAUGAAUUGUGGGCUCUUAAAACAACCAUUGGAAACUUGGGUAUAUCAGUAACCUCAGUAGAUAUUAAAGACGUCAAUAAUAUCAAGAACGAUACCGCUGCUAUUGUAUCUUUUGUAAUAUUGGGUUGUUUUGUUGCUUUAUGUGUUAUUGGUACCGUGUUAGAAAUAAGGACAGAAAAUACCACUGAAAAAAACAGUUCAGAGAGAAAUACAAAUGAUCAACAAACAAAUAACAAAGAGCAUAAUGGUAUUCAAUCUAGUGACAGAAUUCAGAGGAAGAAUUUCAUUUCAGGUACGAAGAGACUGCUCCUGACAUUUUCUGUGCGUAAAAAUGGGCGAAAUAUUUUAAAUAGUAAAGCACCGCCGGGUUCCCUCGGUUGUUUAAAUGGUAUCCGAGUGCUAAGUAUUGUUUGGGUAAUACUUAGUCAUUUUAUGGAAACACUUCUUAAUCAAGUUGAAAAUAAGAAGGACUUCAAAGAUCUUACCAGCACCUUUUGGUUUCAAGUUAUUUAUAAUGGAACCCUAGCUGUUGAUACUUUCUUUUUCUUGAGCGGGUUGUUAGUAGCCUAUCAGUUUAUAAGAGUUGUAAAGAAAACCAAGAGAAUAUCUGGAAAAGGAAUGGGACUGUUUUAUUUCCAUCGAUAUUUCAGGUUAACCCCCUUGUAUAUGAUAGUGUUGAUGAUCUAUACCAAUAUUGCACCUUAUUUUACCGAAGGAGUUUUAUCAAGUCCUUUGACUCAAAGCAGACCAGAAAAUUGUAGGAAGUUUUGGUGGACUAAUCUCCUAUAUAUAAACAAUCUAUAUCAUUCUGGUCGUCAAGAAAUGUGUAUGUUAUGGAGUUGGUAUUUAGCUAAUGAUAUGCAGUUUUAUAUCAUCAGUCCAAUCAUUGUGAUACCACUAUCAUUGGGAUACCAUGUUAUCGGAUUUCUGUUAUUAUUUGGUAUGGUUGCUGGUCAGAUUAUUUCAGGUGGUUAUAUUGGAUGGAGUGUUGGUGAUUCAGGUCUUGCUAAUUCCCAUAGUAGUGAAUUUUUCGAAGAGAUUUAUAUUAAGCCAUACGCUAGAAUGGGGGUUUAUGCUGUUGGUUUAUUAUUAGGAUACAUUAUUACGAAUGAAAAGAACAUGAACAUUUCAAAAGUGAAGUUAUUAAUCGGUACAGUUUUAACAGCAGCCUGUAGCAUGUUGGUGACGUAUUUAACCUAUGAUAAAUAUAAAGAAGAUGGUGACGGAUGGAACUCAGAUGCUAAUAUUGCUUACGAAACUAUGUUUAGACCAGUGUGGUCUUUGGUUUUAUUUUGGUUAAUAUAUGUUUGUCUAAGUGGAUAUGGAGGUUUAAUUAAUACUAUUUUAUCAUGGAAUGUAUGGAUACCACUAUCCAGAAUAACUUAUGCAGCUUACUUAGUUCAUCUCAUUAUACUUUCAUCAUUUAUGGCAGAUUUAAGAAAGUUUGGUUACCUCAACAUGUUUUAUAUAGUUAACAACUAUAUCGGUAUACUUGUUUUAACUUUUGGUGUUAGUUUUAUUUUAACAAUUUUAGUUGAAUCACCAUUUGUGGGAUUAGAAAAGGUGUUGCUAAAUCGAUGAAACUUAACUUCAUAUUUAUAUUUCCCUCUAUAUUCCACUAUUUAUUAUGUUAAUAAAAUUAAUUCUC